GCCGGGGCCGCGGCUGUGGCCCCGCAGAGCGGCCGAUGCCGGGCCCGGGGAACACCCCGGUGACCGCGGGCCUGUCGGUGAGGGCCGGGGGUCCUGGUGCCCGGCAGGUUCUGGCCUCUCCAGCUCUGUGCUGCAGAGAUGUUUUUUGCUUCACGAAGCUUCUGUUGCCGUGGCACUAGAACAUGCCAGCUACGAACAGAUUUGCUUUCCAGAUCCAUCAAACAUUCAGCCUCUGCAACAAUGGCCUUCAGACACAAAAACACAAGACGAAUUGAAGGCCUUGAUAGCAAUGUGUGGGUUGAAUUUACAAAAGUGGCAGCAGAUCCCUCUAUUGUUAAUCUCGGUCAAGGCCUUCCUGACAUAUCCCCUCCCAGCUAUGUGAAAGAGGAGCUGGCAAAGGCAGCAGCAGUUGACAGAUUGAACCAGUACACACGAGGCUUUGGACAUCCAUCGCUGGUGAAAGCCUUGUCUCAAGUGUACGAGAGAGUUUGUGGAAGAAAGAUUGAUCCUCUCACAGAUAUCCUGGUGACCGUGGGAGCUUAUGGAUCUCUCUUUAGUACAAUACAGGCAUUAAUAGAAGAGGGAGAUGAAGUAAUAAUAAUAGAGCCAUUUUAUGACUGUUAUGAGCCAAUGGUAAGGAUGGCGGGUGCAAAGCCUGUUUUUAUCCCACUGAGAUGUAAAAAUAAUGGAAACUCUGCAUCUAGUGCUGAUUGGGUCUUGGAUCCUGCUGAACUUGCAAAUAAAUUUAAUUCCAAAACAAAAGCAAUUAUUCUGAAUACCCCACACAACCCUAUAGGCAAGGUGUUUACCCAGGAAGAACUUCAAGUAAUAGCUGAUCUGUGUAUUAAACAUGAUACCCUGUGCAUCAGCGAUGAGGUGUAUGAAUGGCUGGUGUAUAAAGGGAAUAAACACAUUAAAAUAGCUACCUUGCCAGGGAUGUGGGAAAGAACAGUAACUAUAGGAAGUGCUGGGAAAACUUACAGUGUAACUGGCUGGAAGCUUGGUUGGUCCAUUGGCCCUGAAAACCUGAUAAGGCAUUUGCAAGUUGUUCACCAAAAUACACUGUAUACUUGCCCAACUCCAUUACAGGAGGCUUUGGCACAAGCAUUUUGGAUAGACUAUAAGCGCAUGGAUGACCCAGACUGCUAUUUUUACUCCCUGUCUCGAGAGCUGGAAAGCAAGCGUGAUCGGAUGGCUCGACUGCUUAGAGAAGCUGGACUAAAGCCUGUCAUUCCAGAUGGAGGAUACUUUAUGAUUGUUGAUGUUUCCACAUUAAAUGUGGAUCUCUCUGGUGUAGAUGAGAAACAACCUUAUGAUUAUAAAUUUGUUAGAUGGAUGAUAGCAUCUAAGAAGCUGUCAGCAAUUCCUCUUUCAGCAUUCUGUGGUCCUGAAACAAAGAAACAGUUUGAAAAAUAUAUACGUUUUUGCUUCAUUAAGAAAGACAGCACACUAGAUGCAGCUGAAGUGAUUCUGAAGAACUGGAAUAAGCAGACAGGCUGAUUUUUCUUAUUAACUCUUCCAUAUGGUAUAAUUAUCUAGUAGGGGAGUUUUAUUGGAAAUUUAAGAACAAAUUACUUAAUACAGUACAGAAUUAAUAUGACACUGGAAAUAACUUUUUGCUGCCACCUGCUGAGGAAUUAAAACAAUGAUUUACCUAAAA